UUGUUUGCAUUGCACAGAGAGCUAGAGUUUCAGGAUGAGCAACUAAAAGCCACAAAAGCAACACAUACAAAAAAAGUAAGGGCAAUCUAAAAGCCACAAAGAAAAGAUCAAAAGAAGACAGGGAACUGAAUUAGGACGAGAGCAAGAAGCCAAAAGAGGGGAGAGGAAGGAGAAGACGACGACGACGCAGCUGGAGAAGAGAGGAGGGAUCUCCGAGAGGAGGAGGAGGAGGAGGAGGAGGAGGAGGAGGGGGCACAACGCGCAUGGAGGCGGCGAUGGAUCUGAUGCGGCGGAUGCCGCCGGGCAGCACCGAGACAGCGCUCAACGCGCUGCUCUCCCUCCUCCCCGACCACUCCCUCGACCUCCUCUCUCAGGUUGAUCUCCCGCACCAGGUUUGCAUGGAUAAGGAGAGCAUGAAGGAAUACAUUCUAUGCGAGUAUAACCGUGAUGCUGACUCCUACCGAUCACCUUGGUCGAACAAAUACGAGCCUCCUUUGGAAGAUGGGACAGUUCCCUCUGAAGAGAUGAGGAAUCUUGAGAUUGAGGCAAAUGAAGUCUUUUCUGUCUACCGUGACCAGUACUAUGAAGGUGGGAUCUCAUCUGUGUACAUUUGGGAAGACGAAGAUGAUGGUUUUAUUGCAUGCUUCUUAAUAAAGAAAGAUGGACAAGGAAAAAGAGGGUACAUGCAGAUAGGUUCAUGGGAUGCUAUCCAUGUUAUUCAGGUAGGUCCUGAGGAGGAAGGAUCAGCACAUUACUGCUUGAACAGCACUGUGAUGCUGUCAUUGACAACAGACAACAAGCAGUCUGGAACUUUUAACUUGUCAGGAUCGAUUAGACGGCAGAUGAGUAUGACUCUCGCUGUGGCAGAUGGUCAUCUUGUUAAUAUGGGGAAAAUGAUAGAAGAGAUGGAGGGCAAGCUGAGAAAUUCAUUGGACCAGGUUUAUUUUGGGAAGACCAGAGAAAUGGUUUGCACUCUUCGGCCGCCACCGGAAGUACUUAAUAUGAGACUACCCGACAGCUGAGCUAAUGUAUAGAGACGUCAAUUUAACAAAGGAAGAUAUGUUGUCUUGACAAUUAUUUCCAUAGGCAUAGUCAGUUCGUGUUUUUCCCCUUUUCAUAUGUAUCGACACCUUGUUGAGGUACCAUAGGAGUUUCUUGUCCACCGAUCUGUGAUUAAAUGAAAAAGAUUGAGCGAAUCGUGUCAGCUGUAUCCGAGAAGUUUAGACGAGAGCAAAAGUUGUAUCUGCAGAAGUCUGUAUGACUGCCAAAUUCGUCUGCAGUAACAUUCUGCUAUUGGCGUUCUGUAUUAUGAAGAUCUGGUGUUCUUGUGUC